GAAUUCUUUUUUUUUCAAAAAAAAUAAAUACAAACCUAAAAUAUUCUUAAUUUUUUUUUCCUCGUUUUUUCUCAUUUUUUUAUUUUCUUUCCAGUACUCGUUCUUACCUAAUAAGAAAAGGUUUUCUUUUUAAAAUUUUAUUAUCAGUCAAAAAAUAAUUAAAUAUCAUGGAAGCCACACAGAAUCGUAUUUUUCUUACUGUAAAAGAAACAGCUUUGGAUAAAAUCGUUACCGUUCCGUUGAAUAUGUCUAAACCAAACAAAACUCGGGUUGAUAAUAUUUCUCCUCCGACCCCUCCAAGUGAUGAGGAAAAACGUUCUGUUAGUUUCGACCCUUCUGUAAAAACCUUGAGUAUUCCCAAGGAUUUCAGUUACUCGAAUGGAUUUAUUAAUUCUCCCUCUGAAUCCAUUGAUAUUUCUGUUCGUGAUUGUUCUGAAGAAAUGCUUGUUUCUUUAAAAGAACGUGAUACUGAAAUUAAGGAUUUGGUCGUUCAUAAUCAAGAAUUUUUCGAUACGGUUAAACAAAGUAUUUUUGAAGAUGAUGAAACUUGGGAAAAAUUCGAAAAAGUUUUGUAUUCUAAACGUGAAGAAAUACCGGAUUGUGAAUGGAUGGAAUCUAUAUCCAAAUAUCUUGCUGAUAAUCCACAAUUAUUUACAACUUUUAAACAAAUGACUGGUUAUUAUGAAAGUGAUGAGAAUGAUAGUGAUGAUAUUGAUGAAAUUCGGGAAGAAUAUGAUGAUGAUUAUGGUUACACAUCUGAAUCAUGCGUGAUGCAUAAUGAAUCUUAUGUAGAUAUCACUCCUAUACGUUAUUAUCCACAUGCACUGGAGAAUUUUGAAAAAUCUUACCCACAAUUCUUUAUUAAUGCAAAACAAGAACUUGGUAAAUUAGGUAAAGAAAGGUCUCGUAGAGGUAGUACCCUAGGUCGUAAUCAUUUAAGUAAUGAUAAUCCACUUUUACAUCCGAACAUUGAAGAUCAUCAGCCUCUAAAUGAUUCUUCAGUGACACUUUAUGAUGAAUUAAAACGUGUCCUAGUUAUUCCUAGAGAUGAAAUGGAUGAUUUUGAAUGGGAAACUGCUAUAAAUGAAAUUUUAGAUGUUUCGCCACCACUUCUUGAACACUUUUAUGAAAUUGUUAUUGAAGAAAUUAAUCAAAACAUUGGAUUAUAAAAAAAACAUGAAAAUUUUAAAUUAGAAUUUUUUAAUUAGUAGUGCAUUUAUAUCACUUUUUAUUUUAAAAAGAACAUUUUUUUCAUUUUAUUUUAUGCACGCAUCAAUAUAAAAACACAUAUUAUUAUAUAUCAAUACACUAAAUAAU